UUUCCCAGUCGCCGUGCGACAGAUUGGGGAGAAUGGCUGCCAGUGGAGACGUAGGAAAGCUGUUACAAGUACAGAAUGGGACUCCAGCAAGCACAAGCUACAACGGGGUAGAUGCCCUUCAUGCCUGUAACAUCCUCCAGCAGCUUAAAGCCUUGUACGACGAAGCUCAGCUGACUGACAUUGUCGUGGAAGUGGACCAUGGCAAAACAUUCUCUUGUCACAGAAACGUCCUCGCUGCCAUCAGUCCUUACUUCAGAUCCAUGUUCACAAGUGGCCUUACAGAGAGCAGUCAGCGGGAGGUGCGGAUUGUUGGCGUGGAGUCUGAGUCCAUGCAUUUGGUUCUGGACUACGCUUACACCUCGCGUGUCACUCUAACCGAGUCUAACGUGCAGGCACUGUUCACCGCCGCCAGUAUCUUCCAGAUCCCAGCCCUCCAAGACCAAUGUGCUCAGUUUAUGAUCAGUCGUUUGGACCCUCAGAACUGCAUCGGAGUCUUCAUGUUCGCAGAUGCUUACGGCCACCAGGAGUUGCGGGAGCGCUCGCAGGAUUACAUCCGCAAGAAGUUCUUGUGCGUGAUGGGAGAGCAGGAGUUCCUUCAUCUGACCAAAGAACAGCUGGUCAGCAUUCUCAACAGCGAUGAUCUGAACGUGGAAAAAGAGGAGCAUGUGUACGAAAGCAUCGUGCACUGGUUGGAGUAUGACUGCUCACGUCGGGAGGCAGAUUUACCUGAGGUUUUUGCCAAAUGCAUCCGCUUGCCCCUGCUGGACGAGGCCUUUCUGAGCCGUAUACCCCCAGCCUUCGCCCUGGCCUUGUCCAGGGAUCCCUCGGAUAAGGGUCAGCUCAACGGCACCAAUGGCUGUUCGCAGCGGCUGGGUAUGACUGCAUCCGAGAUGGUCAUCUGCUUUGACGCGGCUCACAAGCACUCAGGGAAGAAGCAGACUGUGCCUUGCCUGGACAUUGUUGCCGGGAAGGUGUACAAGCUUUGCAAGCCACCCAAUGACCUCAGAGAGGUUGGCAUUUUGGUCUCUUCAGAGAAUGACAUCUUCAUCGCUGGAGGCUAUCGGCCGAGCAAUAGUGAGGUGUGCAUUGACCAUCGUGCAGAGAGUGACUUCUGGCAGUACGAGCAUGCUGGCAACAGGUGGCUCCCGCGAUCACCCAUGCUGCGGGCGCGCAUCGGCUGCAGGCUAGUGCACUGCUGCGGGAAACUCUACGCUAUGGGUGGUCGAGUGUAUGAAGGGGACGGACGAAAUGCUUUGAAAUCUGUGGAGUGCUAUGAUGCCAGAGACAACUGCUGGACAGCGGUCAGUCCCAUGCCGGUGGCCAUGGAGUUCCACAGCACAGUAGAGUAUAAGGACCGCAUCUAUGUGCUGCAAGGAGAAUACUUCUUCUGUUUUGACCCACGCAAAGACUACUGGGGGCAUUUACCAUCCAUGAAAGUUCCCCGUACUCAAGGCUUGGCCGCCCUGUACAAAAACUGCAUCUACUACAUAGCAGGCAUCUGCAGAAACCACCAGCGCACGUUUACGGUGGAGGUGUACGACAUCGAGCAAAACACCUGGUGCCGUAAAAGAGACCUCCCCUUCGAGCAAGCGACCAGCCCCUACAUCAAGGUGCUUCUGCUUCAGGGCAGAUUGCAUCUGUUUGUUCGUGCUACGCAAGUCAUGGUAGAAGAACACGUGUUUCGUACCAGCCGUAAGAAUUCUCUCUACCAGUACGACGAUGAAACUGACCAAUGGACAAAGGUCUACGAGACGCCGGACCGCCUCUGGGACCUCGGCCGCCAUUUCGAGUGUGUGGUGGCCAAACUAUACCCUCAGUGUCUUCAGAAAGUGCUGUGAGCGUCGAGGAUGUGCUGUUUGAGACAGCUGAUCAAUAUUUUUGGAGAAGAGGGAUGAUGGUACUGCUCAAUACAUGGUGCUGUUUGUGUCCCCAACACCAGAACUGCAGGGGAAGUCUUAAAGCGUUAAAGGUUUCAAUCAAUAAACUCGAGGGUGCUGUUUGAAAAAGGAAAAAGUAUUUUAUGUUAGACAAUGGUGCACAAAGAACCCACGCAAUCGCUUGUUUUACAGUUAGAAAAGUGAAUCAUAAGUGCAAUUAUCUUUUUUUUUUUUUUUUUUUUUUUGCAGAUGUUGAGUGUUUCUGCUCCUUUAUAUCUAGUUUUUGUUGCUGUUUUGGCUUGGGUUGUUGGCAUGCAUCGUUGGCGAACAUGAGCAGUUGAUGUCCUUAAGGACAAGCAGUAUGUCAACAGUUGAGAAAAAAAAAAAAAAAACUAGCUGUAAAAAAUAAAUGUGUAAAGCUAUAAAUAUUCAUACGGGUAUGAUGAGCAUUUUUGCUCACUGUUAGUGUGAAUACUGAGUUUUUUUUAUUGUAAUUUCUUUCAGGUUUUCAGCUGAAUAAGUUGACUUUGUGGUUUGCUUAAGCAUUUAGUUAGAGAAUUUUGAUUAUUAAUGGAAAGCAAUUUGUAUGCCAAGAUGUACAUGUACGUGGCUCUUUUUUUCUUUUCCCUUUUAAGUCAACUUGUGUGCUAAAACAUCACCGCAGUUUUGAAUUUUCAUUUGGAUCUAUAUCUUUGCAAUUUCGGAUCACCAGCCAGAUCUUUAGUGAGGUUACAAGAUUUUACUCAGCCUCCAUAUUGGAGAAGGAAAAAAGGAUACCAGCUUUAUGUGUAGCUGCAAUCAAAAGUGCGCAGUUUGUUGACAGCCAAACACAGCUCAGAUCAGGAGAGAACAUUGAUAGGGUUGGAGAAGAGGUGGCCAAAAUGUGGAUGCUCACAUUCCACUGUCAUUUACUGACUCCUCGUAUCUGAAACCUAAAGGUGCAGAAGAUAGAUGCCUCCAAAAUGCCAAAACAUGUUCAAGGAGUCUUAGCCUGCACCCCAUGGCAGCAAUAACAGGUGUUCUGUCAGAUAAAGUGCAUUAGAAACUUAAGCGAUGAUGUUUUCGUAAAUAAUUCCAGAAAAAUGGAAUGGAGCCUUUGUUUUGCCAUCGUGGGUUGGUUAACGUUCAAUGAGAUGUGUUUCUAUCCAGGGAUGUUACAGUGCCUGUUCACAUGAAAAGCCCAGGCAUCAGUGAUGGAGUGAGAAAAGCCACUAUAAAGUCUUACAGUUCAGUUUGCUUUGACUUUAGGAUAGGUCUGUUUCGCAAAUGAAUCCAGUCCUCCUAUAUUAGUUUUUUCCCUGUAAAAUGAACACUUUCUUUCUUUGUUCCCUCCAUCCCCUCAUCUUCCAGUCUCAAACUACAGAGAAGAAGAAUUGUUUUUGGUGCUGCUUUUUUGACAAUCUUGUACAGAAUGUACAGCGAUUUUUACAGCCAUUUGUCAUUGCUCGACACUUCCAAAAGAUGUAUGAUGUAUGAUUAUAAGUUAUUGUCUGUCGACAUUUGUGUUGUUUUUUCCAGCCUCAUGUUUAUUUCGUCACGCAGGUUCCUGAUUUUGCACUACAUUAUUUCCUCCCUUGAGAGCUUCUCAGAAUACAGCGCUCUGUUUUCAGAGACUGGGGACGUGGUGAACGGCAUCUUUAAAUAGGACAGCUGAUGUGCUCUCAUGUCGGGCUCUGUGGCGCCUGCGAGGCCCAGCUUCAUCUGGGGUUUUGGUGAAGGGAGAGGGAUGAGAGAUUGCAUUGGCUUUGGUGCAGCUGCCGCACGUGUCACAUACUUGCAUACGCUCAGUAGCACGGGAACCAGAAAUGGACACUUCUCAGGAUUAUUGUUGAUACACAGUACUGUAUUUAAACGGUUUGUUGUACGUGUAAUAUACUGUACCAUAUGUUUGCUGUACUUGCACAGUUUUUUUUUUUUUUUUUUGAAAAUAGAUUUUUUUGGUCCUUUUAGCUGGGUGUGUUUUUUUCUUUUUCUUUUAAUUGUAAUAUUUACUCUUAGGUUUUUUUAGAUUAUAAUUUUGCUCUGUUAAAAAGUUGUGAAUCACAAAACACGGACAUUAACAAGCAUUUUUUUUGUCUGUGUUUCUUUGUGAUUGCGUCAGUCUUAAAGAACACAAAGCAUUACAGAAAAUAAGUUAUGGCAGUGCUACUUUCCAAAACACCAGAUGUUAAAUAAAAGCUUGGAAAGAGUUUCUAAAUGAUACUUUAGUGUUGUUGGCUGCUGCCGGUGUGAAUGCUUUACAGCCAGUUCUUCCAUUUGUCACAGCUUGCAGUUAAUUUAUCCACAGAAAUUUAAACAGUGUUUUCUUUUCCUUUUGCAUUACUGCUUUAUAUUUUGUUCAUUUUUAUGUAUUUGGUUUGCUUGUAUGUCUGGUGUGAGAGUUUGGUAAACAUUCAUUGAUCUCUACUGUGAAAUUCACCUUGCACAUAAUUUGAAAAAUAAAACAAUAAAAAGUAAAUGAGCA